UGAAUGCUCGUAUCGUUAGUUGAAAUGACUCCUGUGAGUCAGGGUCCAGAAAUAAAAAGAAAGAUAUUGACAUUUUGGGGAAGUUGCUUGCAUAGAAACAGGAAACCCAAAAGAUCAGUCUAUGUAGCAAGAAUACUGAGAAACACAGAGUAUAUCAGGGAACAACGAAAGAAAAAGUCAGGAGAACCGAUUAAAACACCUUCAAAUCACAACAUGGAGCCUCCAAAGAAACGGCGCCUUUUCCUCAGAUUGACCUGUGUGUUUGUCCUCUACCUUCCUUCUACAUGCUCGGGACUCGACGUACCAAGCCUGCACCUGAACACCACGGUCUUUGUGGCUCUCCGGGGUGAAGCGAUCGUCGUUGAAGCUCGCGUGGAGACUCCAGCUAACCAGAGUAAAGACAUUUUGAACUGCUUCGAUCCUUCCCUGCAACAUAUUUACAGCUGUGACGUCGCUGACACAGCUAACCAGCCGAGCGUCCAGAUGCUGAGUUUGGAGAUGAAAAACCUGACCAGCACAGGGGAAUACCAGUGCCAGUAUAAAACAGCCACGGUGUACUGGUUCCUUCGACUGAGAGAUGAAGGCUACACUGAACUCAUAGCGUGGAAUCCUGCUGAGUGCAUCCUGGCCAUACUCACCAGCGGGCUGCUGGUUUUCAGUGUGGUCGGCUCGGUGUGUGUCUUCAGAGGAAAUUGGAAAGAACACUUCACUAGCUGUGGCCAGCCGAACAGAAAACAUGAGCAGAAACGAGAAGAAAGGAUGGCAAAGGAGGAGCAGGAAGACAACCUGAAUGUGGUCACAGAUCCGUCGACUUCUUUCUAUGCUAGUCUCGAGCAUCGGCCCGGGUCAAUUUAUGACGUGCUGGACCGUUCAACUACUGAAGGAGGGUCGAACAAAAGCAAAGCUAAAGUCAAGAAAAAGGAGUCCCAACAAACGAUGGUCCAAACAACAGAGAUCCAGCAAGAAGGUGUUUUCGAGUCUGUCUAUGAGAAUUUUUAAAACAUUAACAAACUUGUUUCAACAGGUUUUGAUAUUUAUAUCUGUAUUUUGCUGUGUCAUUGUCACCUUUAACUUUAGACAAAAGUAUUUACACCGAACAAGAAAAAUGUUUCGAAUGACUCUAACCCUAAAUGAAAAAUACAGAAGUAUUAGAAACUGUGCUAAAAUUAAUAAAGGUCACAAUGCAGAAAGAAUGGCCUCUAAGAGCUGACUCAUAAUGGAUAAUACUGUGUGUUAACCACUCAUUUGACCUAUUUUGUUUUGUUAUUUUGGAUUUACUCCAUAACAAGUCUUGUACAUUAUUUGUUUGUCGAUUGUGAAUCUAUACCAAGUAACACAAUGAAAAAAAAUGAAGUUGUAUCAUGUGAACAGAAAAAAAAUACUUGUGAAAUUUCCUGUGAAAUUCUGCGGUAAGAUUAGUAGUUAAAAGCAAAGUGUUGCACAUCAUCAUUGUACUUUUGUGCACUACUGGAGUGAAUGGAGAUAGUAACCCACUAUGGAAGCCCAUUUCCGCCAGUAAAAAAAAUGAAAAUAAUAAAGUCUCAUAAUUUC